GCCAUUCUUCUUUAUUUAUUGCAUAUGAGUUUAUACUGCGACAAACAUGGCAUAUCAGUUCUUCGCAAAGGCGCAUCAGUCCAACAAAGGAUCGUCCACCUCGUCCUCUCCUCAUCUCCCCUCAUCAUCCUCGUCCAGCAGCAACAAACACUCGCGUCUCCCCAAACCUGUCCCCUCUAUGAUGGUGCCUCGGUCCUCAAACUCGACAUCGACUAGCAUUGCCGCACAAUUGAAAGCCCCUUCUCCAAGCAAAGACCUAUCUUUUCAGCCUCCCGCAUUCCCCCAUUCCAUCGCGCCGGGCUACCAGACCCCCCACCCACACGUCACAAUCGAGCCUGUCAGCACCGGUCAUAUCCCUUCAUUGACGCGCAUUACAGGCCUGCUGUUGCCUACACGAUACCCCAAUUCAUUUUACACAGCGAUCAUCACCGACCCCGUGAUCGCAUCGGUGUCCCGCGUGGCCGUCUACCAUGACCAUCCCGCAGAAUCUGCCCCCCUAAGCAUAAGCACAAAUACAAGCACGGACAAAGUCAUCGGAGGGAUUAGGUGUAGGCUGGAACGGCUGGCGCCCACGCUCGCGGAUCACCAGGGAUCGCACCAGGAACCCACCAACCUCUACAUCCAGACCCUCCAUCUACUAUCUCCAUAUCGCGGGAGCGGCAUCGCAGCUUCUCUCCUCCACUCGCUACUCUUCAACUCCCCAUCUAAUUCUAACUCAUCUUCAUCGGACUCGCGACCGCACCGGCUCUCCGACCUGGUAAAGCACUACAACAUCCGCAGCGUCACGGCGCACGUGCACGAAACCAACGAAGAUGGCUUGAAAUGGUACACAGCGCGAGGAUUCGAAGUCCAGGACGGCAUAGUGGAGAACUACUACCGACGUCUAAAACCCUCGGGGGCCAAGAUCGUCAAACUCGUCCUCGAUUGGAGCAGGGCGGAUACUGCUGAUCCGGGUCAGACGAAGCCGGGUCUAGCUCAGGCGGAAAACCCCGAAAAUGACGACGACUGGGAGAAGGUCGAGGCCGAGGAUGAAGACGAUCAGGACGAUGAUGGAGUGCAGUCGUUGUCGGCUUCCAAGACGUUUGAUGACGAUGAUAGGGCGAGUAGGAAACGGAAGGCUGAUGACGAGCCCCAGAAAUGAAUUUCUUUUGCUUCAAAGGUGUUGCACUUGCUUGUUUUUCUGGUUUUGUGUUUUUGUGAAUACCCUUGUGAAUAUCUGCAUCACAGAGACGAUUUUCCUUACGCUGUCCGUUCUUAUGCCUUCCUGUACAUAUCUCUUUUUCUAGAAUCGC